GUACGCCUUUCUUCGUAAGAAGGGUUACCAAUCCUCUGUACUUUACCCAUCAGCCGCGUCAACAACCUCGUGCACCGCCACCAGAAGAGUCGACCUUCUCUCUCGCUUUUCAGUCAUCAGGAAUGCUUAUACGCGAAACUCCAUCGAGAUGGCCCAUACGAUCCUGGAGCUGGAUGUCAUGCGGUUCGGGACCAAGGAAAACAUCAUUAUCUACGUUGACGGAGUCCAGGCAGAGGAGAAGGAGUUCACUGCUCAGAUCCGCCAAGAAGCUCGGGAGAAGACCACUAAGCGAUGCAAAAAAAGUGUGGAUGAACUACAAAGAUGGAUCGAUAACAACCUCAAGAUAUCGAAUAUCUGUGAGGUUCUCAGUGUGUCCAGGAUCCAACUCACGGUCCUCGCUGUUGCCUCCAACAACGACUAUGAAAAAAUAUCUACUCUCUUGGACUGGCGACCAACUUUUCGAUUAUCAAGACGAUCAAGAAACAAGAUGUGCGACAGACGGUGAAUGCAUAUUUGGAAGACUCCAAGGUCGUUUUAAAGAACACAGACAACAGAACACUUGAACUUGCACUCAGAGUCUUUGUUAAUCUCCAACAGACGCCUGCCAGCGAUCCUCGCCCUUUGUCCAGCGUCUCGUCCUACAGUGAGCUUUACAAACGACUCAAGGAUCUUUGUGCCAUAUACCAGGAGAACAAGGAUUUUCGCGCACAACUGCAACCAAGUACUUGCAAGGAUCAGAUCAUCCGCCUCCGCUCCUUGCAGUCUUUCAUUCGAUAUAGGACAGUUGAGUCUCCAGCUAUGUUGAAGCCUGAUCUUGGGUCGCGCUUACCGCAGUCGCCAUCACCGCAACCAUCCUCAGCACAACCACAACAACCUGCACCGAAUCUGCAGAAUAAUCCUCCGACCACAUUACCGUCUCAGGAGUCAAACGGUCACCC